UUUGACAGUAUUCUGUGGUUACCAUGAAGUGAAAAAGACUAAUUAGAAAUAUUUUAUUGAAAAAAUGAAUCUGUAUUUGUUUAGUAGUAUUACAAACCUAGUCAAAAACCCUAAAUACUUCUUAUGUGUAUUUAAAGAUUGAUAAAUCAUUAAGAAAACUUUACCUAACCUAUAUAAUUUACCACAAAUAUAAUGAGUACUUCAUCUGAUGGAUUGGAAGUUAAAACAGCCAAUUCAACAUAUAAAUUACCUAGACAGAAUGGGGGCUGGCGAGAAUUUGCUUGUGGAUGGGGGGCUGCAGUUAUUAAUGUGGGCUGCACAUAUCCUAUUAAUAAGAUGAUUUUUAGACAAAUGUUACAUGGUAUUAAUAUUUACAAUGCAUUUUUGGAAAUCAAAAGUGAAGGAAUGUACUUUUUGUAUAGAGGAAUGCUGCCUCCCUUGUGCCAGAAAACAUUUUCAAUGUCUAUUAUGUUUGGUGUAUAUGAAGAAGUCAAGGGACCUCUCAUUAAUAAUGGAAUGAAUAAGUAUGCUGCUAAAGCAACAGCAGCUAUGAUAUCUGGAACAUCAGAAGCCAUUUUGAUGCCAUUUGAAAGAAUACAAACAUUAUUAAGUGAUUCUGGUUAUCACAAUCACUUUAGAAAUACCUAUCAUGCAUUUAAAGUUGUGGGUAAUCAAUAUGGUUUCAAAGAAUAUUAUCGAGGCCUCACACCUAUCUUAUUAAGAAACGGACCAUCAAAUGUUGGAUUCUUCAUAAUAAGAGAAGAAUUCCAGGCUAGAAUGCCAGUUUUUGAUUCUGAGUUGAAGAGAACACUAGCCGAAUUUAUGUGUGGUGCAUCUAUAGGUUUAUUAUUAUCUACUGUUUUCUAUCCCUUGAAUGUUGUCAAGAUUGCUAUGCAGUCUAAAAUUGGCGGUGAUUUUGAGAACUUUUGGAAAGUUUUAAUACAAAUUUAUCAUGAGAGGGGAGGUACAAUUAGAGGCAUAUAUAAAGGAAUUCACACAAAUUGUUCUAGGGCAAUUAUAAGUUGGGGUGUCAUGAAUACAGCUUAUGAACAUUUAAAAACUUUUAUUUGUAAUUAAAUCUUAAACAAUAUUAGUGAGAUAACAGCAAUUAUGUUCCUUUUUAUGUAGGAUAUUUGAAUUAUUGAAAUUUUAUAUCAAAAUUUGGUAUCAGUCGAAACUAUUUAUUUUUAUUUAAGUGUUCUGUUUAUGAAGCAUAAUCUUCAUAUAAAUGAUAAUAGGAAAGUUAGUUCUAUUGUGAGAUCCCAGUAUAUUGUUUUAUUUUGCUAUUUCGAAUGUUUGCUCACUCCUACCUUAAUUUACAAUAAUUUUUUCUCAGUUGAAUACAUUCAUUUAUGCUCAGGGAAAAAACAAUUUAGCCAAAUUAGUUCAAUUAUAUUAUUAGUUCAAUCGACAUCUUUGAAUAUGUAAUAAGAUUUUCUGCUAGUUUUGUAGUGACUAUAUUUGAUUUAUUAUUUUUUGGAAUUCGUUGUUGGUUCAGUGUCUUGCUGUUUUUGUGACUCAACUGAUAUAUUAAUUUUUUUUUUUUAUUCUGACCAUAAGAUGAUGCUCAUUUUAGUAAGGAAAAACAUUGUUUUCAGAGUUCAUGUUUCAAUCAAAAUCUUUACUUUACAAUAAAGUCAUAUUUAUCAGAGAACUAGCAUUAUGUAAAAUUGUUGGAUUAUAUCAGAAUAUUUUGAGAUCUCUUGUUGAGACAAGGUCUUAUAUUUUUGUUAUACCCAGUAAAUGUUAUGUAGAUAUUUUAUAGGAAAAUGAUGGUAUGUGUGCUUAAUUGAAUAAAUUAUUUUAUCCGCUGA